UCCCUCCUGGCACUCCAGACCUGGAGGUGCCACACAACGGACUGUAUACGAUCUUGGCCAAGGGCGCUAGUGGCGGCGGGGGCGUGCAGACACAGGACAUGACCACCCACGGGGCCAUAUCCAGAGGAACCUUCUACCUCACCGCCAACACCGAGCUGUACAUCUAGUGGGCAGAAUGUCUGCCUGCAAGAAUGCCCCGACACAGACGCGGGAGCACCUGGAUAUAUGCACCUCCAGGAGACUUCCGCCUGACGUCUCAACGCUGGAGAAGAUUACCAAAAUGGAUAUGCUUCGUCACGGCGUCUGGAUGAACUCUUCUGGGGGAGGCGGUGGCGGUGGCGGGGCGUCCUUCGUGUUCAUGAUGGAGGACAACCAGCCCAAGGCCCUCGUGGUGGCCGGUGGAGGCGCUGGUCUCGCUUGGAUCAAGUCGGAGAUCUCUGACCAGCAGGACGGACGGGCCAUCAACUCCUCCCUCCCCGAGAGUCACGGACACGCCUUCCACAACGGCAGUAAUUAUGGCGCAGAGACCCUUAGGUUUGUGUUACAGAGACCCUUAAGGUUUGUGUUUACAAGACCCUUAAGGUUUGUGUUUACAGAGACCCUUAAGGUUUGUGUUUACAGAGACCAUAGGUUUGUGUUUUACAGAGACCCUAGAGACCCUUAA